GCAUAAUUAAAAAUUUUGUUAUUCAUUGUUAUAUAUUUUAAAAAUAAAAAUUUAUUACUAACGUAAUUAACAAUAAAAGUUCAUCAGGCAAAUUUGUUACGACGUAUUUCAUCAGCUUUUAAGGAAAUCCUGGUUCAAAAAAAUUAAUAUCGUCAACAAAUAGACAAUUUGGCUAAUUAAUAAUUAAAAAUAAUAAAAUUAAUCAAAGAAAUUAUUUAAUAAAUAUCAAUAGAAAUGAUUAAUGAAUUGCCAUCAAUAGACAAUUCUCUGAUUGAUGUACACGAUAGUAUACUAGAACUUCGUGCUGAACUGGAACGUGUUAAAUUAGAGACCAAACAGGAAGCUAUGAAUUUAAGAAAAAAAAAUCAAUCACGAUUUAUUCCAAACGUUGAUUUUAAUACGGAAGUAUUAAAACCAACUUGCGAUAAUUUUAUUGAUGACAAUGAUGGAAAUAACAAUAAUCUUGAUACUAAUAAACUGGAUUACAAAAUUUUUUUUAGUACAAUACCAGAUUUUGACGGUUCUAUUAAUGGCUAUCCCAUAAAUUAUUUUAUAAAAUCAUGUGAAGACACUAAAAAAUAUUUGUCGCCAUCAAUUGAUGAGAAAUUUAUAAUAAGAGUUUUAAAAUCUAAACUCAAAGGUAAACCAUUGGAACGUAUGAGCUGUUUUGAUAUUGGGACAAUUGAUGAGUUUAUAAAAUUAAUAAAAUUACAUUUUCGUCCGAGUAAAAAUUUUUCAAAGUGGCUGAGUGAGUUCAAUGAUUUUGAACAGAAACCAGAUGAGCGUGUUGUGGAUUACGGUUAUCGUAUUCGUAAACAUUUAGAAGAUACAUUAGCGGAAGUUGAAGAAAAUGGAGGUGACAACAAACGUGAAAAAGAAUUAUUGGCUAAAGAAUUUGCUACUCGAUCAUUUAUUUCAGGGUUACAUCCGGCUUUUUUAUUAUUUUUGAAAGAUGAUAAAUUGACUGAUUUUGCAACGGCCCAUCAGUUAGCAUUGAAAAUUGAACGACAGUUGGGACAGUCUAAAAAUGCCCAAAAAAUAUUUAAAGUCUUUGAUCAUAAUAAUUAUUCUUUUAAUACUUACAAAAAUAAAUGUUUCGAUAAUACUCAAAACCAAACAUCUCAAGAUGUUCAAGGUAACAAUCCAUAUCGAAUAAAUACUAUUAAUAAGAAGGUAACUUUUGGUGGAAAUGAUUCCCAGAUGACGGCUAAUGGUUUAAGAUUUGCGAAACAUUGCAAUUUUUGUAAGAGAAAUAAUCAUAAGGUUGACAAUGGUAAGAGUGUGGAAAAAACGCAAGAAGAAGAUUUAAAAAAAAAAAGAUAUAUGCAUAAUAAUACAAGCACAAUUAUAUGUAAAUAUUGUAAAAUGAAAGGUCAUUUGAUUACAAACUGUUUCAAGAAAAUUAACGAUGAAACUAAACAGGACGGAUUAAGCUUGAGUAAAUCGAGCAGUUCCAAUUCGGAAAACAUAUUGUUUGAGUAAAUAUCUGCUGUAAUUUGUCAAACUUAAUGUUAAUGAUAUUAUGAUCAGUUAAAUUUUUUUAUUAUUGAAUAUUACAUUACUAUUUAAAUAAUUUUUAAUAAAAUUUAUUAAGAUAAUCCUCAUUUUAUUGCAGUUGACAUGGCAAAAGUCCCCACUCUAUUGCAGUUGCUAUGGCAAUUAGUUCCCACUCUAUCGCAGUUACUAUAGCAACCAAUGGAGUGGGGAGCGUUGCUAUACUUACUGUGAUAGAGUAGGGACUGUUGCCGUAGCAACUGCAAUAGGGUAGGGAGCGUUGCUAUAGCAACUGCGAUAGAGUAGGAAAUAUCCUAACAAAUUCUAUUCUUUAGAUAGUAAUGCGAUCAAUGACAGAAAAAUUGAAUUUAUCAUAAUUUCGUAGACGUCAGAAUCUUAGUGCUCAUAGUCUUGACUAUUAAAGGCUAUUAGCGAUAUAUUUAUGGUUUUCCUAAAAAUUUAUUCAAUACAUUUAAUUAUUGUCAUAUUUAUAUUGUAAGUUACAUAUUGUGAUAUAAUAUAACAAAUUGAGAAGAGGGCAGAAACAGCCGAGCGGUUCUCGUGUGGCUCGGGCGAUCACCCAAGUUAAGCAGCAUCGCGCAUGAUCGUUGCUUGGCUGGGUGACCGCUUAGCCACGCGUUGAGCUCGAUCGGAAGUCUUUGACCGUUAGGCGCGGAAUGAGGAUCUAGUGAUCGGUAAAAUGGGAUUUUAAUCGAUUACUAGAGCCUCACCCAAACCGAACUGUACUGGGAAUGGUUUUUUCUGUGGUUUCCCUUGCCUCUAUACUCCCACAGCCAAGGUGGGGGGUAGGGUAUCACCGUAAUGGUACAGUACAGUAUAAGCACAAGUCGGGCCACAGCCGCACAAUGAACGCAGAAAAAGUAAGCAGUUGCGAUAUAAAGGCAAAAAGUGCAAAAAGCCGUAAUUGCGGCUAUACACUAGAACAAUUAAAAAAAAAUAUAAUAAAUUGAGAUAUCAAAAACAAUAUAUGUAUGAAAAUUGUAUGCUAAUAAAAGCAUUUACUAUAUAAUGGAAAAUAAAA